GAUAUCAAUGCCCACUCUAUAUUCAUACCAAGAAAUCCUAAUAAUUAUAAACAGCUUAAUUAUGCUUAUAUCAAUUUCGAGUCUGAUAAGGACCUAGCUGCCGCAGCAAAAACCAAAUAUUCAUAUGAGGGGAAUGUACUCUAUUGGUGCACUGACGAUGUGAAGACCUGUCACAUUUGUGGCAACCGUGAUCAUAUGGCAGCAGCUUGCCCAAAUAAAAAACAACAACCAUGGAAUGAUUCUCACCUACAAAAAAAAAAGGGAACAGCCCAUGGCAGUUCUAUGCAUGAACCCAAUAACAACCAUGUCUCAGCAGAACAUAUAAAGAUGCUUAAAAAAUUACAAAAUUCAUUUGAAGAGCUAAAAAAAGAUUUCACCAUUCAAGCUGAAGUUAUUUCAAAUUUUGAUAAAAAACUAUCAAUCAGAAAUAAAAAACAAAACACACCUAUCAAAAAUCAAGAUUCUUCAACUCAAGCAUCAAACUCAUUGGUUACAACAAAUAAGCAAAAAUGUACACAUACUGAUGUGGAGUAUUCCUCAUCAGAUGAGAUCAAUUGCAAAGAAAUCAAGAAAGCCAAAGAGGUAUCAGAUUGGAUCAAAAAGAAAGGAGAACCUACUCUCAACUCUAUUAGUGCUCAAUUAUCAAGUCUUGUUCACCAUUUUCUUUCAGGAGGAGGACCAUCAGAAAAUGAUGAAAUAUUCGUUGAUGAAGAAGAAAAUGGACAGAUGGAAAAGGAAGAUAACCCUGCUUAUUAA